AAGUUUGACAUCUAAAUUGACAAGUAAACGAAAACAUCUGUACAAUAAAUUCAGUAAUUAACUCCUAUUUAACAUAAAAAUACUCACUCCCAUAACUACACCAUCGAUGAGAAAAAUUCGGUUAAAGUUUAGGGGUUGUACUUUGUUACAUUAUUUACUUUUUGUUAAGUUAGGUUAUGUUUUGUUAUGAGUCAAUAUAGCUUCGAGAUGAUACGAGUUUUCGAGUGAAUGCCUUGAAAAAGUUUGCCUUAUUUGGGAGUUAGUGCAGUUGCAGUUAGUUUACUUCAUAUUUCCGUGAUGAGUGAACGCGAGGGCUCAAGUAGUUCGGGGUCUGAGGACCCUAAAAAAGACGAAUCGAAAAGUUCAGCUCAACCUGUGCCUACUGGACCGAGUGCCCACAGCUACUAUGCCAAUGAGCCCAUCCAGUUCCGCGUGCGAGGCUCCACAAUCACCGGAGCAUCUCCACCCAGCUUUGUGACGCUGGACGACAUCAUGAAGGCCGCACACGGCAUGCAGAACAUGGCACUGGCCCAUGAGAUCGCUGUUGAUAAUGACUUUAAGCUGGAGCCUUUUGAACCGCCAGAUAACAGCUACCAAAAACUGGUGAAAGAGACAAUGCACAGAGCAUAUUUCGACAUUCUGAAAGAGCAACUCGACUCUGACCCGCCUUGUUACAAGCAGGCCCUGGUGCUACUUGAAGAUGUCAAACAGGGUCUGUUCUCCAUUCUGCUCCCCCGGCACACUCGCAUCCGCGAAAUGAUCGAGGAAGUCAUAGACUCGGACUUCAUCAAACAACAAGUAGAGAACAACAGCUUGGACUUCGACAAGUACGCCAAGUUCGUCAUAGACCUCAUGGCCAAGCUAGCCGCCCCGGCCAGGGACGAGAUGAUACAGAACAUCAUCACACUCACUGACACUGUGGAGAUUUUCAGAGCGAUCCUGGAGACCCUAGAGGUACUGAAACUGGACUUGGCCAACACACUGAUCGCCAUGAUACGGCCGCACGUGCAAAAGGAGAGCGUGCACUACGAAAAACUCAAGUUUGAGGAGAUGCUGAAGGUUACUGAAGACGGCCUUCAGCAUACUCGGGCAUGGCUUAUUAGCCACAUAGACAAGACCGACCUAAACUUGCCUGUCACAGACGCUAACAUUAUCAGGAAUGUGACUGCUCAGACUUUGGCUAAGGCCUAUCUAGAGUUGUUGGAGUGGGAUAAGGGCUCUGACACAUAUCCAGAGACGGUAACUCUAGAUGCUCCCCGGUUCGCAGAACUCGGUACACAGGUGUACAGAUUAAUUUGCGUGGCGUCGCUAAUACUGUCCAGCCCUACGUGUGGGGAUGCGAGCGCAGCUGCGCGACACAUGCUUAACCUCAAGGAGAAGAUCGUGAUCAUCUUAGGAGAUACUGCGACUGAUACGCAACUGAAAGCAGUGCUGCCAUCUAUCGCUGAAGAAGUCAUAGUAGUCACCAAUCAAUUACUAGACUCCCUCGACCAGCAACCUCUGACAGCAGACACUAAGGAACUUAUCCGGACCCAGAUUAUCUCCCUGAGGGACCCCGAGCAUAGAGUCAGGCAGAUUGUUCGCCAAAGGGUCCUAGAAUUCCUGAAAAUGAUCCUAGUGUGCGCGGGUGGCUCUCGCCAGAUACCCGUCGGCCUCUCCGCCCUAGCUCCCGAACUCACUAACAUUUCGGGCACCCUCCUCCGCUUCGUGAUGCAUAACAAAGCUGUAUUCACGAGUUACUAUAUCGAUAUUGUUACUGAAGAGCUCAGUAAGGGCUAGAUUGGACA